GGCAGGCAGGGAAGGUGAGCCCCUCACCCACUUUCUGGGGCCAAGGACACGGCAACAGGAAGGUGGGAUCGAGGCCAGGACUGUGCCCUCCCCAUAAGAGGGGGGACUACAAAUGAGCCUGGGCUCAGGCUGUCUGCUGGGGCUGAUAAGGGGCCUCUGGGGCUCCCACAAACGGUUUUAUCACUGCAGGAGGGGGGGCAGCCUGCAGGGCUUAGAGGACGUGGCCAUGGAGCGGCUUCGGGGUCUGCACCAGAGAGCGACCAUCUAUAGGCCUGUGGAGGAACCGCAGCCAGGCCCCCUGGAAGAGGAAGAGGAAGACGGGGAGGAGGGGGGGCCCGAGCUACGGAACUGCUUCCGGCCCAUGGAACUGAAGACCUCCGAGUCAGGGCUGCAGCAGAGGGGUGUCUGGGUGUCUGCAGGGCGAAGGGCUGCACCCUACUUGGUCCUGACUGCCCUGCUCAUCUUCACUGGUGCCUUCCUUCUGGGCUACGUGGCCUUCCGGGGGUCCUGCCAGGCAUGUGGGGACGACGUACUAGUGAUGAGUGAGGACAUCAGCUACGAGCCCGACUCUCGACAGGGACCCCUGUACUGGAGUGACCUGCAGGCCAUGUUCCUGCGCCUGCUAGGGGAGGGCUGCCUGGAGGAGGCCAUCAGGCAGACCAGCCAGCGUUCCCGGGUAGCCGGCUCGGCAGGGAUGGCAGCCUUGGCCCACGACAUCCGCGAGGAGCUCUCUCGGCACAAGCUCGACCAUGUGUGGACCGACACACACUACGUGGGCCUGCAGUUCCCAGACCCGGCUCACCCCAAUACCCUGCAUUGGCUUGAUGCCACCGGGGCACCUGGGGAGCCGUUGCCGCUGGAGGACCCCGACGUGUACUGUCCCUACAGCGCCCCAGGGAAUGCCACGGGAGAGGUGGUGUUCGCGCACCUCGGAAGGCCAGAGGACCUGCAGCAACUGCGGGCUCAGGGUGUGGAGCCGGCUGGCCGCCUCCUGCUGGUGCGACUGGGGGCCAUCAGCUUUGCCCAAAAGGUGGCCACUGCACAGGAGUUUGGGGCUCGUGGCGUGCUCAUCUACCCGGACCCAGCAGACUUCUCUCCUGACCCCCACAAACCUGGCCUGUCGAGCCACCGGGCCGUGUAUGGACAUGUGCACCUAGGAGCCGGGGACCCUUACACACCAGGUUUCCCUUCCUUCAAUCAAACCCAGUUUCCGCCCGUUCGCUCGUCUGGCCUCCCCCGAAUCCCUGCCCAGCCCAUCAGCGCCCAUGUGGCCUCCCUUCUGCUGGGGAAGCUCAAAGGCCCGGUGGCCCCCCAGGAAUGGCAGGGCCACCUCCCCAACUCCCCUUAUCGCCUGGGUCCUGGGCCAGGCCUGCAGCUCAGGGUCAACAACCGGCGGGUCUCCACCCCUAUCAGCAACAUCUUCGGCUGUAUUGAGGGUCGCUCUGAGCCAGACCACUAUGUUGUCAUUGGGGCACAGAGGGAUGCCUGGGGCCCUGGUGCGGCCCAGUCAGCAGUGGGCACUGCCAUCCUGCUAGAAUUGGUGCGGACCUUCUCCUCCAUGGUGAGCAACGGCUUCCGGCCCCGCAGAAGUCUCCUCUUCAUCAGCUGGGAUGGCGGCGAAUUUGGGAGUGUGGGCUCCACCGAGUGGCUGGAGGGCUACCUCAGCGUGCUGCACCUCAGAGCUGUGGUCUACGUGAGCCUGGACAAUGCAGUGCUGGGGGAUGACAAGUUCCACGCCAAGACCAGCCCCCUUCUGAUCAGCCUCAUCGAGAACAUUCUGAAGCAGGUGGACUCCCCCAACCGCAGUGGGCAGACCCUGUAUGACCAGGUGGUGGUUGGCAAUCAGAGCUGGGAUGAAGAGGUGGUCCAGCCGCUGCCCAUGGACAGUAGUGCCUACUCUUUCACGGCUUUUGCAGGGGUCCCUGCUGUUGAGUUCUCCUUCCUCGAGGAUGGUCCGGCCUACCCAUUCCUGCACACCAAGGACGACACCUAUGAAAACCUGCAUCAGCGGCUGCAGGGUCGUCUACCUGCCGUGGCCCAGGCCGUAGCUCAGCUCGCAGGGCAGCUGCUCAUCCGGCUCAGCCACGACCACCUCCUACAGCUAGACUUUGGCCGCUAUGGGGAUGUGGUGCUGCGGCACAUCGGCCGCCUCAACGAGUUCUCGGGGGAGCUCAAGGCCCGCGGGCUGACCCUGCAGUGGGUGUACUCAGCGCGGGGAGACUACAUCCGAGCUGCUGAGAAACUGAAGAAGGAGAUCUACAGCUCGGAGGAGAGCGACGAGCGCCUUAUGCGCAUGUACAACGUGCGCAUCAUGAGGGUGGAGUAUUACUUCCUGUCUCAAUACGUGUCCCCGGCUGACUCCCCGUUCCGACACAUCUUCCUGGGCCAUGGGGACCACACGCUGGGCGCCCUGCUCGACCAUGUGCGGCUGCUGCGCUGGCCAAGCGCUGGGAACCCCAAGGCUGCCUCCUCCAACGUGGCACCGGGCUUCCAGGAGAGCCUCUUCCGGCGUCAGCUGGCCCUACUCACCUGGACGCUGCAGGGAGCAGCCAAUGCGCUUAGUGGAGAUGUCUGGAACAUUGACAACAGCUUCUGAGGCCUCCGUUGGGGCCUCCAACGUAGGGAUUUCUGGGUGAGGGAAGUCCACACUCUCGCACUACCCAUGGGAUUCUCCUAGGGUCAUUGCUGGUCUCCUAGGCUUCCUGCACCCCCCCAAAACCAGCAGACACCCUCACACCUCUAGCCCUGUGUGGUGAGUGCAGAGCCUUCUGACGGAAGGAUCUGUGCCCUUCAGUGGGCAGCCCC